CUCUCCUCACGGACGCAAACUGCGCUCUCCAUUUCUUUGCCCCGCGGCACUUUUGCUACACCCAAGUUGUGACCCUGCUUUCUUCACACGCGCCACUCUUUGACCACCAUCAUGGCAGACGACGAACUUGCUCAGAUUAGAGCUGCCCGACUUGCUCAGCUCAAGCAGCAAGGGGGCAGAAGUGGAUCAGGCGAUGCUGGCGGCGGCGAAGACGACGAACAAAGGAGAAAACAAGAAUCCGAAGCACGAUCGUCAAUACUCAACCAAAUCCUCGAGCCUGAGGCCGCAGACCGUCUCGGUAGAAUUCGCAUGGUCAAGGAAUCACGAGCAACGGAUGUUGAGAACAGACUCAUCAUGCUGGCGCGAUCAGGCCAGCUUCGCUCGAAGGUCACAGAAGACCAACUGAAGGAGAUGCUGGCUAGUCUAUCAGAGCACGAGAAACAAUCGGGCCAGUCCAUGGAGAGUGUGAAGGUCGUAAGAAGAGGCGGAUGGGACGAUGAUGAUCUUGACGACCUAUUGAACGAAUCUUGACACGAGACAAAAAAGCUUGGGAAAUUUGCAUAUGAUACCCCUAAUCACGGUGCCAAAUACCGUACAUGUCUUACUAUAUAUUCUAUGAUGGAGCCGUUUUCACUUCUGCAGCCUCCUUCGCGGCACGCCUCUCAUCUCUCAGUUUCCUCCGAAUUAGCCUCAGGUCCGGCGGUUGCUCGAUACCCAGCCUCUUUCGCAGCUCAGCGACAUCAGUUUCGAGCUCUUCUUCCCAGUACACAUUGAUCAGGUCCUUGCUGCGCCAGCCAUUGGCAAAUGCCCAAGGCAGGAAGAUCUGGAGCAUCCUCUGGCGUUCGGAGGGUUUGAGUCGGAUGAUGGCCGCAAGGCUGAGGCCCGUCAUUGGUAGUCCAGUGUUGGCAAACUCGAACGCUUUCAAUCCCAAUUCCCCUUCG